CAUCGGUGAAUUAAUUCCGCAACAUUUGAUACCCUCAUCUCGGUUUUGUAAACACUUCACAAUUAUCACACUGAUCGGAUUUGUUUUUCUAAAGAGGACACUCGCGUCUGCAUUACAUUCCGUUUUUAAAACAGAUCUAGAUGUUGAACUUUACCCGCUUAAAAAGAGUAUAAGUGUCAUCGAUCGAUAAAACGCGCUUACAGUCAGGCGUGGUUAGUUGUUGAGCGUAAACAGAACGACUUGAUCACAUCAGACACUCGCUGACAUCCGAGAUGAUUGGUUGGAGAGAUUUUUGUAUCGCGUUUGUGAUGCCAUUGUGCAUAACAGCGUACAUCGUAAAUCCGGGGCCGGUAGUGAAAGCCACAAAGGGUCAGGUAUGGCCUAUACCGGAAAAACAAGACACAACCACAAAUUUUUUGAUCAUCAAUCCAACACACUUCGAAUUUCAGACGAAUGUUCCUCAAUGUUCACUGUUGACCAAUGCUUUGAAUCGGUAUUGGAACAUUAUUAAUAACCACGGCGUGGGUAAUGUGCGACAAUCUCAAUAUAAUGAACGCGAAAUUACGGAGAUUGACGGCUAUUCUGGAAAACUCAGCAGUAUCAAAGUGUAUCUCAAGACAAACUGCACUGGAGAUGAAGUACCUUCAGAUACUAUGGAUGAAUCUUAUGAAAUUGAUCUAAUGGGCGUACCAUCCACUCUAAUAGCUCCGACUAUUUGGGGUGCAAUUCGUGGGUUAGAAACUAUUUCACAAUUAAUUUAUUAUGCCGAGGAUGGUAGUACGUUAAUUCUUAAUACCACUAAAAUCUCUGAUAAACCUCGUUUUCCAUUCCGUGGAUUACUGGUCGACACUUCCAGACACUUCAUUCCAAAGGAUAUUCUUCUUAAGAACUUGGAUGCGAUGGCUUACAAUAAAUUAAAUGUAUUCCACUGGCAUUUAACUGAUGAUCAUAGUUUCCCAUAUCAAAGUAUUAAAUUUCCGGAAUUGAGUCAAUAUGGUGCAUAUCAUCCAUCAGCAUUGAUUUACACCCAACAAGACGUCAAGGAUAUUAUUGAGUAUGCUCGGCAACGUGGCAUUCGUGUAAUGACGGAAUUUGAUACUCCGGGACAUACACGGUCCUGGGGUGAAGGUGUAUCGGAUAUUUUAACACCUUGUUAUGAAAAUAAUGCACCAACUGGAAUGUAUGGCCCGCUAGAUCCGUCCGCCGACAAUGUUUAUACAUUUAUCAAGGAAUUUUUUGAAGAAAUUAUCUCAGUAUUCCCAGAGAACUAUGUUCAUUUAGGUGGGGAUGAAGUGGGUUUUGAAUGUUGGGAGAGUAACCCGAAAAUUACACAGUUUAUGAAAGAUAACAACAUGGUAUCCUAUGUUGCGUUGGAAAGUUAUUACAUUCAGAAGUUAUUGGAUAUUGUUCAUGAUUUGGGGGGCAAGUCUUUGGUCUGGGAGGAAGUAUUCGUCAAUGGAGUUGAAUUGCCCAAUAAAACCAUUGUACACGUAUGGAAAGGUGACGGAUACACUGUUCUUAAAAAAGCUAUAGCUGCUGGCAAACCUGCACUGUUAUCAUCUUGUUGGUACUUGGACUAUCUUAAAACUGGUGGCGAUUGGGACAAGUUCUACGAAUGCGAUCCACACAACGUAAAUGCCACCGAAGAAGAAUUAGAAUUAAUUCUGGGCGGGGAGGCAUGCAUGUGGUCCGAGAGUGUAAACAAGUACAACUUUAUGUCGAGAGUAUGGCCAAGGGCUUCAGCCGCGGCUGAAAAACUUUGGAGUCGUAAGGAUGCUGCCACUUAUUCAGAAGCAGCGCAAAGGUUAGAGGAGCACACAUGCAGGAUGAAUGCACGUGGAAUUGAAGCACAACCACCAAACGGACCUGGGUAUUGUUUGUAAGACAAGAUAUUAAUUUAAUAUUCACAAAUAAAAUUACAUUAACAAUUUA